AUGUGUGAGAAACACAAAGUAUGCAAUAGACAUGAAUAUUAUGCAGCAAAAUUAGGAAAACUUUUGGAGGCCUUUGAGAGCCGAUUUGAGGACCUAAAGAAAGAAGUCAAUGAUUUGAAGUUGUUCAGCAACCCCUUUUCUGUAUCUCCUGAUGAAGUAGAAUUCGAAGCACAAAUCGAACUGAUUGAUCUUCAGAAUAAUGACAGCCUUCGUACCAAGUAUAAUGAAGGGGACUUGCUCAACUUUUAUAAUUGCUUGGCCAAAGAUCAGUUUCCUUAUUUGAGAAACAAAGCUGCUAUUUAUGCAAGCUUAUUUGGCUCUACCUACAUAUGUGAACAAACAUUUAGUCUGCUCAACCAGACCAAGUCAAAUAUUUGUAGCAGGCUAAGUGAUCAAAAUCUGCACUCUGUUUUAAGACUGGCAACCACAAAUUUCCAUCCUAACAUAAAAAAAAAACUUGUACAUGAAUCUCAGUGUCAAAAAUCUCAUUAA